UUGCAGUGAAAACCUAGAGACAGCAAAUACGUUGCUCAUAUUUCAGUUGUGUCUAACCUUCAUUUGCAAAAAACAGAAAUGUCUGGAAGCGCGGGAGAAUGGUGUCUAAUGGAGAGUGACCCUGGAGUCUUCACCGAACUCAUUAAAGGGUUUGGUUGUAAGGGAUCCCAGGUUGAAGAAAUAUGGAGCAUGGAACCAGAGAACUUUGAAAAACUGAAACCAGUUCAUGGAUUGAUUUUCCUUUUCAAAUGGCAGCCAGGGGAGGAACCUGCUGGAUCCAUUGUACAGGAUUCAAGACUUGAUCACCUCUUCUUUGCUAAGCAGGUCAUUAAUAAUGCAUGUGCGACCCAAGCUAUAGUGAGUGUGUUGUUGAACUGCCAUCAUUCUGACAUGCAGCUUGGUGAAACAUUGACUGAAUUCAAGGAAUUCUCACAAAGUUUUGAUGCUACCAUGAAAGGCCUGGCACUAAGCAAUUCUGAAGUGAUUCGACAAGUCCACAACAGCUUUGCAAGGCAGCAGAUGUUUGAAUUUGAUACAAAGUCCACUGCAAAAGAUGAAGAUGCUUUUCAUUUUGUGAGCUACGUUCCAGUUAAUGGCAGGUUAUAUGAACUGGAUGGGCUUCGAGAGGGUCCGAUUGACCUGGGUGUCUGUAAUCAAGAUGACUGGAUCAGCGCAGUACGACCAGUUAUAGAGAAAAGAAUACAAAAAUACAGUGAAGGAGAAAUAAGGUUUAACCUGAUGGCAAUUGUGUCUGAUAGAAAGCUGGUUUAUGAACGCAAGAUUGCAGAACUGCAGAGUCAGCUCACAGAGGAAGAACCAAUGGACACAGACCAGAGUUGCACCCUGUUCAGUGCCAUUCAGUCAGAAAUUGCAAAAUACCAAUUGUUAAUUGAGGAGGAGAUUCAGAAAUUAAAACAAUACAAGAUUGAAAAUGUCAGAAGAAAGCACAACUACCUUCCCUUCAUUAUGGAGCUACUGAAGACUUUGGCAGAAUACCAACAAUUAAUACCAUUGGUUGAAAAGGCUAAAGAAAAACAGAAUGUUAAAAAGCCCCAAGAAGCCAAGUAACCAUGUGCGGCGGUUAGCCUCCCACUUCCUGUAAAGACUCGUUCUACACAUCAAAUGUUUCAAUGCCAUCUGUAAUCUGUGCAUAGAGUACUGGGAAGCGUAUUAGAAGCGGAUUCAUACCCACAGUUGCUAAAUUACAAAUUAAGUGUUUGACAUGCAUGCAAAAAUGUUUAAAUAAACGUGUUUUGUGUUUUCAAAUAUA